AUGCCUGGCCGGUUCAGCACCCCCAGUGACCCUCCUGUCUCCUUCCCCUCCUCACGGAGCCCUGGCCCCCUGCAGCCCCUAUGUUUCCGAGCCCGAACUGAAACCAUGGACUGGCGGCGCCUCUCUGCCCUGGACGUGGAUCGCGUGGCCAGGGAGAUGGACGUGGUUCUACUGCAGGAGUACAUAUCUGCUGUCACCUUCUGUGAUGUCACAGGUAACAGAGCAGGGUUGGCGCUGGGGUCAAUUCCAUUUUACUUCGGUCAAUUGAACUGUCCUGAGUUCUUUCCAUUUUUGUGUGCGAACCACCCAUAAAAAAAACAACAACACUUUAUUGCUUAUUGGUUUAAUGCACCAAACAAGGACUGUUUAGAUUUAAAAUGGACCCCAACUCCAUCCCUGAAGGUGAGAGGUGUCCCCACUGCCGUAGCCCUGCUGACCCGGCCCUUGUCAAGCUCCUACGUAUGUCCCAGCUCAGCACAGAGUACCUGCUGCACUGUCAGGACUACCUGAGCUCCCAGCUGUCUGGUCUGGAGGAGCGUCUACAGAGGGCCCUCUCUAAGGCAGACCGAGAGGGAGAGGAGAGGGCCAGGCUGGACUCUGAGCUACAGGCCACCAAACAGGAGAGCAAGCGUAGGAAGAAGAUGAUCGCCACACAGCAGCUUCUGCUACAGGCUAGCUUCAACAACUACCACAAGGUAAACGUUAUCGUUGGACUACACCCGGUCCUCCUUUUUACAUCCGGAUGGACCAUCAAAUUAUAUUAUUUUAUUUUACCCAUCCCCAGAAGUGUCAACUCACUUCUGUGCUUUACUGCUGUCUUGAAUUUAUUCUUUCAAAUUGGCUUGGGGUACUCAGGUUUAGUAUCAAGUGAGCGUAGUUCUAAAUGUCAGUUUGAUGAGAUCACAAUGUCGUUAAACCCUUUGGUCCUCCUGACCAAGAAUUUAAUACUAUUAAGUGUCAUAAUUUCGUUUUAAGUAAAUGCCUCAUGAAAAGCUUCACCUCUGCAGUCUGCACUGACUGUAAGAAUGACAGAAAACACUAAGCCAAUAGGAAAGACUGUUCUUCUGACAGUUCUUCCUCCAUACCCUCCACUGUUAUUCUGUCUCUAACUGUUCAAAUAAACCUACCAUUAAAAAAUAUAUAUGUAUUUGUAUAUCCACCCUGACCAUCUCUGUACCCUCCACCCUGACCAUCUCUGUACCCUCCACUCUGACCAUCUCUGUACCCUCCACCCUGACCAUCUCUGUACCCUCCACUCUGACCAUCUCUGUACCCUCCACCCUGACCAUCUCUGUACUGUACCCUCCACUCUGACCAUCUCUGUACCCUCCACCCUGACCAUCUCUGUACCCUCCACUCUGACCAUCUCUGUACCCUCCACCCUGACCAUCUCUGUACUGUACCCUCCACCCUGACCAUCUCUGUACUGUACCCUCCACCCUGACCAUCUCUGUACCCUCCACCCUGACCAUCUCUGUACCCUCCACCCUGACCAUCUCUGUACCCUCCACCCUGACCAUCUCUGUACCCUCCACCCUGACCAUCUCUGUACCCUCCACCCUGACCAAAGUAUGAUAUUUUUCAGUGCCAAUGCUGUGAGAAAUCCUUCAUCAACUAUUCCUACUUACAAGCCCACCUACAACGCAGGCAUCCAGAGGUGACAGACACAGGUUGGUUUGAUAACCACACUCCUCAGACCCUUUGUACCUGAAUACUCUUUAUUGUAAGUAGUCAGUCAACACACAAUGCAUUAUAACACACGUUUAUCUGGUUAGGAGGUUUGAACACUACUAUGUUAUGUGAUUAGAGUACAUUUUUUUAAAAUAAUGAUAUGUUCAUUUAGUAGACGCUUAACUCUUUUUAACCAAAGUGACUUACAGAACUGUCACCAUUGAAAGUGGCACAUAUGCCCCAUGCAUGAAUUGAACCUUCCACCUCAAUGUUUCCUACUUACACCAUGAUCUAAUAUUCACUGAGUGGUUGCAUUCGCUGCUGUCUGCGGUCCUCUCCUCAGAGAGGCAGAUCACCGCGGUCCUCUCCUCAGAGAGGCAGAUCACCGCGGUCCUCUCCUCAGAGAGGCAGAUCACUGCGGUCCUCUCCUCAGAGAGGCAGAUCACCGCGGUCCUCUCCUCAGAGAGGCAGAUCACCGCGGUCCUCUCCUCAGAGAGGCAGAUCACCGCGGUCCUCUCCUCAGAGAGGCAGAUCACCGCGGUCCUCUCCUCAAAGAGGCAGAUCACUGCGGUCCUCUCCUCAGAGAGGCAGAUCACCGCGGUCCUCUCCUCAGAGAGGCAGAUCACCGCGGUCCUCUCCUCAGAGAGGCAGAUCACUGCGGUCCUCUCCUCAGAGAGGCAGAUCACCGCGGUCCUCUCCUCAGAGAGGCAGAUCACCGCGGUCCUCUCCUCAGAGAGGCAGAUCACAGCGGUCCUCUCCUCAGAGAGGCAGAUCACCGCGGUCCUCUCCUCAGAGAGGCAGAUCACUGCGGUCCUCUCCUCAGAGAGGCAGAUCACUGCUGUCUGUUGUCCUCUCCUCAGAGCGGCAGAAGAAGAGGCAGGUGGAACAGAUGGAGGAUGGGAUAGAGGAGCUGAGAGAGAGGCUGAAACUGGCCCAGAUCAGACUGGAGAUGGAGAGGGAAGCAGAGGCUCUUAGGAAACAGCAGGUAACACCACACACAAGUGUAUUGCCUGCCUUGUGAGUAUGAAGGGACUGGGAAAGGGUGAAGUCAAGGAGGGGAAAGGAAGGUGGAAAGAAAUUAAUUGAAGGAAGACGUACUGAGCGGCUUCAACCUCCUGACGAUGAGCCAUCGUCAGGAAAUGAGUUUAUCAAGGUGUAAAGCUCAUUGAGGAACUAUGUAAGGGCACCUGGUGGGUGAUAGCCACUGAUUACCAAAACUUGCCCUGCCUCUUGAUCCCGGUUGAUGUGUCAACAAUCAUCUGCAAGUUAUGAGCAGUCAGCCGUUCACACACCAAGUAGGCUACUGGGAAGAAAGGCAGCACUUAAUGUAGAUGGCCCUAGCCAGCAAAAAGACAGUACUAGACGACAACAGAUAAAGACAAACAUUAUACUUAUCACUCCUGGAGAUUUAGGAGUCCUCUAGCUAUAGAAUGAAGCACACUGAGAUGGAGCCUGAGAAGCUGGUUAUAUACUCAGAAAAGAGGUGAAACCACUCCGCCUCCAAAACAGGCAAAUUCAGGACAGUACUCUCUCUCCACUGUGGUCCCCUCAUGAUGUGUUCAGAUUUUUUUUUGUGGUCCCCACCCCCAUCAAAGUUGCCCAUCCCAAAUCUAUAUCUAUACUGCUGUCUCUCAUGAGUGCUUCAAUGGGUUUAACCACCAGGAGCUGGACUAUCAGCGAAGGAAAGAGGCCUCGGAGCGAGAGAAGAUGGAGAGCUGGAAGGAGGAGGAGAGGAAGACGUUUCAGGAGGAGAUGAGGGACCUGAAGCGGCUGUUCCUGCAGGAGUUCAGACAUAUGGCCAGCAAGAGCUCCUCCAUCGAGGCUGUGAGUCCUAUUCCCAUUUAAAGGACAUGCAUGAACCAGGGCCUAGUGGCGCGGUGGUAAAGCGAUGUUGAUCCAAUAGAAGGUGUAGUGUUUUUCCAGCCACUAGAUGGCGCCACAGUGUAAAGAAUGAGCAGCUUGCAAAGCUGGAGCACACCCCUGCUGCUAGCCUACACACAAUCCAGUAGCAGUCUUUUUUUCUGAGGCCUUUGACGCUAGAAUCCUUAAUGGCGAAACGGUCACAUCCGUUUGGGAUAUUUUCAACAACAAGUGAGUUACUGCAAACAAUCAACACUGUUUCUUUCCCCUCGGACAUCAUUGCACGCACGAUAGAACAGCAGAAUAUGUACUGCCAUUUAUUAUAUUUGUUUUUACAACGCUGCCGGACGCUCCUCUCAUCCGUUUCACCAUCAAAACAAUAACAAGCCGCUGAGGCGAACAGUGCCGCUGUUUCCCCAAAUGCGGAUGCAGGUUUUCCUUUUUUUUUAAUACCUUGAUAUAUUUUUUGUAAAACAAAUGCUUAACGCCAACAUUUAACAUAAGUUCAGUUUUGUCUUUACUUACUGUGGGUGGGCUUCUGCUAUGUUGUCUCAUGACUUAACAAGAUGGUGAAAACUCACUUGACAGAAACUGCAGGAGCUGCAGACCAGAGAAGUGACCGUUUCUAACCUGGGCUCCUAUCAUGAGGUGGAUGAGCUGCAGCAGAGAAAGGAGAGGGAGGUGAAGGAGAAGAUGACUCAGCAGGUAACACAGAACGUUCCAGAACAUGCCCACUACCUGGGUUCUGUACACUUCUGGACGGUAUCUAUCUAUCACAAGCUGAAAUGUCAGUAUGUGGUCUAUUAAAGACAUGUUGCUAUGAGAUCAUGAGAAUUAACAAAAGGUUCAACUAAAAUCUAUGUUAGAGCAUCUCUCUCUGUCUGUCUCCUUCAGAAGCGUGAGUGGAAGAAACGGUUUAUGGAGGUCCAGAACAGGCACCUGUUGGAGAGAGACGAGGUAAGACAUAUGUCUGUGCUUGGUGCCCCCUUCUUUGGAUGUGUGUGUGUGUGUGUGUGUCGGGGGUUGGGUUGAAUAGCGGACACUAAAGUAUUCUCCUUCUAACGUGUUGUCCUCCUCAGCUGCAGAGUGAGAAUGACAGGCUGCGUCUGGCCCUGUCUGUAGACCAAAGGUCAGACCUACACAGGCUAGAGCAGCUGGUCACCUCCCUGUCUACCAGGGUCAAACAGAAAGACCGGCUCAUCAGGUCUCAGGAGGAUAAGGUACUGUCAUCGGCUACCAAGCUACGCCGUUGUUGUUGAUGAUGUUCGUCUGUAAUUAUGGCGCUGUGUUAAGUUAUUGUCUUGGUCAAGAGCGUUUUUAUCAGGGUUGGAAUACUGUCUGCGUUACAGAUCAACAAGAUGUCUAGAAGACCAGUGGCAGGUAAUACAAAAACACCAGGCCUCAUAACUCUAGACUUUUAUUGUGUUCAAGAUACUAUGUUCUAUGUUAAUGUGAUGGUUUUAUUUCAGACACUCCCAUCAAACAAGCGGUCCAACACUCCACAGAGGAGGAGGAGGAGGAGGAGGAAGAAAGUAUGUAUUAAUCAUACUAUGAAUCAUGAAUCUUUUGGAGUCUGCUUUUUCUAGAAGAAUACAGUCAACAUUUUGCUAUCCUGUGAUAUCUCCUAGGUCUGGAGGACUCUGGUGAGACCAGGAGGAGGCUGUUGGAGUCCCUCCGGAGGAACCCCGCCUUGGUGAAGGAGUUCAGACCCAUACUAGAGAGAACCCUUGAGGAGAGGCUGGAGAACAUGGGCCUCAGAAAGGUACGUGCACUGUAUUCAAUCAAUCACUCAGUCAAUCAAAUCAGCAGCUGUCGCAAAGUUAAAGUGAGUGUAUAUAGGGUGUUCUCUGCUCUAGAAUGUAGGGGAAUACAGGUCAGUUCAAGAGGGGGCUACGAAAUGAAUGUCUAAACCUUAUUUUCUUUAGCCUAUGUCAUUUAUGAAUUACAUACAAUUAAACAUUAGAUUGUUCUCUUCAAUAUUAUAACCUAAGUAUGUUUUUACUUAAGUGUUGAUUUAAAUAAGAACAUUUGUUUGCUGUGACCGUUGGUAGUUUAGACUGUUCAGCUCUUGGUUGUAUCUCUUCCAUAUUUCGGCGUUGGGAGGUGGUAACAUUUAGGAGGCGUUUCUGCGCUUUGGACCAAUCAAAAAUCAACUUGAUACCCUCGUCAUUUUCAUCUGACCAGAUCCAUGGUGUUCUAUUCCUCUAACCCUGGUCAAUCAGUGUUGAGGGGCUGUUUCUAUGGCGAUUUAAAGGGAAAGACUCAGAAAUACAUAAUUCAAAUUAUAAUUUUCUUCAGAGAGGGAGGAUAUUGAAAUUCAGUCUGUUAGCUUUGUAAAUUAAUAUAUACUGUGUGUAUAUAUAGGCUCAAUUUUGUUUUGUGUUCCGCGGAUUUCGUUUAGAAAAAGCCCAUGUUAUCACACACAGACCUGCAGCCGCUAGCUAGCGAGUUGACGUUUCGAAGUUAGCGCCGUUCUGCCCACAGAGCAGUGACAGAGUUCUAUUGAGCAGCGCCCACUUUUGACCAAUGACAUUCCAUUCACUCUAAUCAUGCUAAAUUCUCAGAGUAGAUCGUCUGUAACAUAUAUAUAUAUAUGGUAGAGACAUACGGGUUGGACUAAUAUUUUUCUGAUGUCAUUCUCUAUUGAAUGAACAUAUUAAAUAAUCAUUUUAUGGGUGGACACCCUAAUGUAUGUACCCUUUACAUGCAAGGAAAUCCAUAUAUUCAGGACAGUGCUCUCUCUAACUGAAUAAGUGAUCCCAAAAGUCAAAAUCUGUCAUUAAUCGGAGAAGUCAUGUAUAUCUAAAAUCCCUUCUGUUAUAUUCCAGGGAACCAAGGGUAUAUCCAAGAAUACCCUUAAGAGCCUGAGCUCGUUGGUAUCUGGUCAGCGACAGCAGAUGUCCAGACAGAUAGCAGACCUCCUGGAGCUCAGAGAGAGCUUGGCAAGAGAGCUAACCCGCAGGGUGCACCGCCUGCAGAGGAGCCAGGGGACCACCAUACCUACUUUACCCAGUACCACCCCUCAGUCGCACAGUAAGGACCAAUACCACCUCCGUGUUGUACCUAACCCUCAGGUCCAAGAACCAUGUAACAUCACCUUGUGGUCCUCUGUAGCUCAGCUGGUAGAGCACAGCGUUUGUAACGCCAAGGUAGUGGGUUCGAUCCCCGGGACCACCCAUACACAAAAAAAUUAUAAUGUAUGCACGCAUGACUGUAAGUCGCUUUGGAUAAAAGCGUCUGCUAAAUGGCAUAUUAUUAUUAUAUUAUUAUACCUCCAGGGGGCAGUGCUUCUCAGUCCCUACAUUCUCACAUACACACUCAUGCUCUCAGUACCAGGGAUGGGGUCAAUUCUAUUUCAAUUCAGUCAAUUCAGGAAGUGAACUGAAAUCCCCCAGCCCUGCUUAGCACACUAACAUGUUUGUCUUCAGAGAAGAGGAGACCUAGCCAGGAGAAGAGCCCAAAGAGCAGACUGACCCCGGUGAAGGUGAAGGCCUCCCUGAGGACCCCGGUGAAGGUGAAGGCCUCCCUGAGGACCCCGGUGAAGGUGAAGGCCUCCCCGAGGAGAGAGAAAGCUCCACAACCUCAACAGACACCAAGCACUCAUAGAAAAAAGAACAGGUAUGCCCACAGUAUAUACUGAACACACCCCAUUGCCAUGCCCACAGUAUAUACUGAACACACCCCACUGCCAUGCCCACAGUAUAUACUGAACACACCCCACAGCCAUGCUCACAGUAUAUACUGAACACACCCCACAGCCAUGCUCACAGUAUAUACUGAACACACCCCACUGCCAUGCCCACAGUAUAUACUGAGCACACCCCACUGCCAUGCCCACAGUAUAUACUGAACACACCCCACUGCAUUGCCCACAGUAUAUACUGAACACACCCCACUGCCAUGCCCACAGUAUAUACUGAACACACCCCACUGCCAUGCCCACAGUAUAUACUGAACACACCCCACUGCCAUGCCCACAGUAUAUGCUGAACACACCCCACUGCCAUGCCCACAGUAUAUACUGAACACACCCCACUGCCAUGCCCACAGUAUAUACUGAACACACCCCACUGCCAUGCCCACAGUAUAUACUGAACACACCCCACUGCCAUGCCCACAGUAUAUACUGAACACACCCCACUGCCAUGCCCACAGUAUAUACUGAACACACCCCACUGCCAUGCCCACAGUAUAUACUGAACACACCCCACUGCCAUGCCCACAGUAUACACUGAACACACCCCACUGCCAUGCCCACAGUAUACACUGAACACACCCCACUGCCAUGCCCACAGUAUAUACUGAACACACCCCACUGCCAUGCCCACAGUAUACGCUGAACACGCCAUGCCCAGAGUUUAUAAUGAACACACCCCACUGCCAUGCCCACAGUAUAUACUGAACACACCCCACUGCCAUGCCCACAGUAUACACUGAACACACCCCACUGCCAUGCCCACAGUAUAUACUGAACACACCCACUGCCCAUGCCCACAGUAUAUACUGAAACACCACCCCACUGCCCAUGCCCACAGUAUAUACUGAACACACCCCACUGCCAUGCCCACAGUAUACACUGAACACACCCCACUGCCAUGCCCACAGUAUACACUGAACACACCCCACUGCCAUGCCCACAGUAUACACUGAACACACCCCACUGCCAUGCCCACAGUAUACACUGAACACACCCCACUCCUGUCCUGUACGGUUUUCUCCUAUACUGUCCUGUGCUCUCCUGUCCUGUUCUCUCAUCUCCUCUCCUCUCCUGUUCUCUCCUGUCCUGUUCUCUCCUCUCCUGUUCUGUGCCCUCCUGUCCUGUUCUCUCAUCUCCUCUCCUCUCCUGUCCUCUCCUGUAUUGUACUUACUUUUAACUCCCUGAGGAGCAUAACCCCUCCCCUGUAAGUGUGUGUUAUUAGUGACAAAUAUUUAUUUCUCUUUCAGCACCUCUCCCUGUCUUGGGAUUUGUUUUGUAAGAAUGUGUUUUGAAUAGAUUUCAGUUUAUAAUUGUGUCUGUUUUAAUGUUUUAUGUAAAAAAUUAAAUAAAGAUAAAGAUCCCCCUCCUCUUUAAGUGAGCGUUAGUGUCAGAAACAUGUAUUUCUCUCUCAGCACCCCUCCUUUCAGUUCUGAGGGUGACGAGUCAGGAGAAGACAGUGCCUAUGUCACCAGCCCUGGCAGUAGGUCUGGCCCCUCUGUGAGGGUGGUGCGGUCUGGAUCCAGCCCAAGGCAGAAGUACCCUAUGGCUGGUUCUACCCAGGGAGAGGACUGGUCUGGGACAGACACAGAGCUCUCAGACGGGCCGGCCAGUCUAACUGCCCACCGUGGAGCACAAGGUUAAGCUUGUUAGUUUAUUUGGAUCUCUUUUAGCCCACGAUAGGGGCCAAUCUCCCAACGCUUGUCAUCUCACGAUGUAAAUCUUACAGUUCUACACAUUGUAUUUUCAUUGCAUUACUAUACAGUAAGUUUUCAUCUUGCCAGGGCUCUAUUUUAAAGAAUUAUCAGCGUUUAAGGAUGAUUUGAGCUGGGUUCCUUGUUUGUGUUGGCAGGGUCUGUGGUUAAAUCCCUGACCAGAAGCUUGGAGAGACAGUUGAACUCUCCAAUGAACAAGCCAGUAGGAGGGACCAGAGUGGUGCCACCAGCAGCAGCCAAGGUCGUACCCAAACCCAGGACAGCUGUAAAAACCCUACAGGUACCCAGUGCCUUCAAAAAGUAUUCGCACCCCUUUACUUUUUCCACAUUUUUGUUGUGUUACAGCCUGAAUUUAAAAUGAAUAAAAUGUAGAUUAUUUGUCACUGGCCUACUCACAAUACCCCAUAAUGUCAAAGUGGAACUAUGUUUUUUGAAAUGUUUACAAAUUAAAAAUGAAAAGCUGAAAUAUCUUGCGUCAAUAAGUAUUCAACCCCUUUGUUAUGGCAAGCCUAAAUAGGUUCAGGAAUAAAAAGUAGCUUAACAAGUCACAUAAUAAGUUGCAUGGACUCACUCUGUGUGCAGUAAUAGUGUUUAACAUGAUUUUUGAAUGACUACCACAAACACCAGGGAGGUUUUCCAAUGCAUCGCAAAGAUGGGCACCUAUUGGUAGAUGGGUAAAAAUAAAAAAAGCUGAUAUUGAAUAUCCCUUUGAGCAUGGUGAAGUUAUUCAUUACACUUAGGAUGGUGUAUCAAUACACCCAGUCACUACAAAGAUACAGGUGUCCUUCCUAACUCAGUUGCCAGAGAGGAAGGAAACCGCUCAGGGAUUUCAACAUGAGGCCAAUGGUGACUUUAAAACAUUUACAGAGUUUAAUGGCUGUUAGAAGAAAACUGAGGAUGGAUCAACAACAUUGUAGUUACCCCACAAUACUAACCUAAUUGACAGAGUGAAAAGAAGGAAGUCAGUACAGAAAAACAAAUAUUUCAAAACAUGCAUCCUGUUUGCAGUAAGGCACUAAAGUAAUACUGCAAAAAAUAUGGCAAAGCAGUUCACUUUUUGUCCUGAAUACAAAGUGUUAUGUUUGGGGCAAAGCCAAUACAACACAUUACUGAGUACCACUCUCCAUAUUUUCAAGCAUAGGGGUGGCUGCAUCAUGUUAUGGGUAUGCUUGUAAUUGUUAAGGACUGGGGAGUUUUUCAGGAUUAAAAAGAAACGGAAUGGAGCUAAGCUCAGGCAAAAUCCUAGAGGAAAACCUGCUUUCCACCAGACUCUGGGGGUGAAUUCAACUUUCAGCAGGACAAUAACCUAAAACGCAAGGCCAAAUCAACACUGGAGUUGCUUACCAAGAAGACAAUGAAUGUUCCUGAGUAGCCGAGUUAUAGUUUUGACUUAAAUCUACUUGAAAAUCCUGAAAAUGGUUGUCUAGCAAUGAUCAACAUUUUACAUUUACAUUUUAGUCAUUUAGCAGACGCUCUUAUCCAGAGUGACUUACAGUUUUAGUGAGUGCAUACAUUUAUUUUCAUACUGGCCCCCCCGUGGGAAUCGAACCCACAACCCUGGCGUUGCAAGCGCCAUGCUCUACCAACUGAGCUACACAACCAAUUUGACAGAGCUUGAAGAAUUUUGAAAAUAAUAAUGGGCAAAUGUUGUACAAUCCAGGUAUGGAAAGCUCUUAGAGACUUAAAACCAAUGGUCGGAGGCUCCAUAUCGAGGUGCCUCCAGAGGCAUGGCAGAGGCCAAAUUGAGCUCCGUGCCGCAUCGCUGUGCGCCUCCCAAAUGUUGUAACAAUGAGAAGGGCUCCGUAUAGCUCCGCAUUGACAUGAUUGGUUGACGGUAGGUGGGGGCGGGAGGUCCUGUAUAAACACAAACUCACUUCCUUGACAACAGCUCUGCACUGCUCUGCGAAGCGCAAGAAGUAUGAAUGCCCUGACUUCUGCUGUCGUAUCACCGUAAAUGCUGCAUGACCAAUGCAGACGUCGGAUUGGCCAUGCAGCGCCUUUUACCCAGAAAGCCUGACAGCUCUAAUCGCUGCCAAAGGUGCUUCUACAAAGUAUUGACUCACACUACCGUUCAAAAGUUUGGGGUCACUUAGAAAUGUCCUUGUUUUCGAAAGAAAAGCAAUUUUUUGUCCAUUAAAAUAACAUCAAAUUGACCAGAAAUACAGUGUAGACAUUGUUAAUGUUGUAAAUGGCUAUUGUAGCUGGAAACGGAUGAUUUUUAAUGGAAUAUCUACAUGGGCGUACAGAGGCCCAUUAUCAGCAACCAUCAGUCCUGUGUUCCAAUGGCACAUUGUGUUUACUAAUCCAAGUUUAUCAUUUUAAAAGGCUAAUUGAUCAUUAGAAAACCCUUUUGCAAUUAUGUUAGCACAGAUGAAAACUGUUGUGCUGAUUUUAAAGAAGCAAUAAAACUGGCCUUCUUGAGACUAGUUGAGUAUCUGGAGCAUCAGCAAUUGUGGGUUCGAUUACAGGCUCAAAAUGGCCAGAAACAAAGAACUUUCUUCUGAAACUCAUCAGUCUAUUCUUAUGCUGAGAAAUGAAGGCUAUUCCAUGCGAGAAAUUGGCAAGAAACUGAAGAUCUCGUACAACACUGUGUACUACUCCCUUCACAGAACAGCGCAAACUGGCUCUAACCAGAAUAGAAAGAGGAGUGGGAGGCCCCGGUGCACAACUGAGCAAGAGGACAAAUACAUUAGUGUCUAGUUUGAGAAACAGACGCCUCACAGGUCCUCAACUGGCAGCUUCAUUAAAUAGUACCCGCAAAACACCAGUCUCAACGUCAACAGUGAAGAGGCGACUCCGGGAUGCUGACCUUCUGGCAGAGUUGCAAAGAAAAAGCCAUAUCUCAGACUUGCCAAUAAAAAGAAAAGAUUAAGAUGUGCAAAAGAACACAGCCACUGGACAGAGGAAGAUUGGAAAAAAGUGUUAUGGACAGACAAAUUGAAGUUUGAGGUGUUCGGAUCACAAAGAAGAACAUUUGUGAGAAUCAGACCAAAUGAAAAGAUGCUGGAGGAGUGCUUGAUGCCAUCUGUCAAUCAUGGUGGAGGCAAUGUGAUGGUCUGGGGGUGCUUUGGUGGUGGUAAAGUGGGAGAUUUGUACAGGGUAAAAGGGAUCUUGAAGAAAGAAGUCUAUCACUCCAUUUUGCAACGCCAUGCCAUACCCUGUGGACGGCGCUUGAUUGGAGCCAAUUUCCUCCUACAACAGGACAAUGACACAAAGCACAGCUCCAAACUAUGCGAGAACUAUUUAGGGAAGAAGCAGUUAGCUGGUAUUCUGUCUAUAAUGGAGUGGCCAGCACAGUCACCGGAUCUCAACCCUAUUGAGCUGUUGUGGGAGCAGCUUGACCGUAUGGUACUUAAGAAGUGCCCAUCAAGCCAAUCCAACUUGUGGGAGGUGCUUCAAGAAGCAUGGGGUGAAAUCUCUUCAGAUUACCUCAAAAUUGACAACUAGAAUGCCAAAGGUCUGCAAGGCUGUAAUUGCUGCAAAUGGAGGAUUCUUUGACGAAAGCAAAGUUUGAAGGACACAAUUAAAAAGCGUUAUUUCUAACCUUGUCAAUGACUACAUUUCCUAUUAAUUUUGCUAUAUUUCCUAUUCAAACUCAUUUCAUGUAUGUUGUCAUGGAAAACAAUGAAAUGUCUAAGUGACCCCAAACUUUUGAACGGUAGUGUAUGUAAAUUAGAUAUUUCUGUAUUUCAUUUUCAGUACAUUUGCUAACAUUUCUAAAAAAUAAGUUUUCCCUUUGUCAUUAUGGGGUAUUGUGUGUAGAUGGGUGAGGAAAAUAUAUAUCAAUUUAAUCAAUUUUGAAUUCAGGCUGUAACACAACAACAUGUAGGAACAAGUCCAGGGCUAUGAAUACUUUCUGAAGGAACUGUAAACUCUAACACGUUACUUAAGGUUGUAGGGUAUAAUGCUUUAUAAAUUGUUAUAAGCAUGUAUGAGCCUUUUUAUAAUGUAUCUCGAUGCAUCAGUAUACUUUUAUUGUAUAUUUUCUCUCGCAAUACUUUAGCCAUAGACCUGUUUCUGUUUCAUUGUGUGAUACUUACACAAUCAUUAUUCAAUGUUCGUACAUGUUCCAUUUGUCCUAGUUAUCAGAUGAGGAGAGCGACCUAGAACUGUCUUCCAUCGAGGAGCCCCUGCCGGUAGGGGGCCAGUCUCAGUCCCUAGGGGGGCGAGGGAGCACCGAGGUGGGCCUGGGAGGAACCUCAGGAACCAGCGUGUGGAGCUCCUCAACCAGCAGAGCAGGAGGGCUUUAA